AUGAAGGCCAACAAUAUCCUGACAUGGCUAGCUCUCUCACUCGCCAUUUUGAUCACUUUUAGCCACUCCAGUGCAGAACAAACACAACCCUUUUCAAAUAUUCUGAAAUUUGAUAUGUUUCUCGACAAAAUUGACAAAUGGAGUCAUCAUCAUCAUCAGAUACAAUCUCAAGAAACAGGACUGAAACUAGCACCCUCUACGGUUCUAGCAGGAAUUUUCUGUUUCAUAGCUGCUUCUCUAUCCAGUGCAGGUGGCGUUGGUGGUGGGGGGUUGUAUAUUCCUAUACUGACUAUAGUGGCAGGUCUAGACCUGAAAACAGCCUCAAGUUUCUCAGCUUUUAUGGUCACAGGAGGGUCUAUUGCUAACGUCAUGUGUAACUUGUUUGCCAGAAGUGCUAAGUUUGGUGGUAAGACUUUGGUAGACUUUGAUAUUGCACUUCUGUCAGAACCAUGCAUGUUGUUAGGAGUUAGUGUUGGAGUUAUUUGUAAUCUUGUUUUUCCUGAGUGGCUUAUCACCAUUUUGUUUGCUGUUUUUCUUGCUUGGUCUACCUUUAAGACUUGUAAGAACGGUGUUUUUCAUUGGAAGUUGGAAUCAGAAGAAGUGAAAAGAAAUGAGUGUGGGAAUUUGGAAAAUGGGUUGGUUGAAAAUGAGACUAGCUCUGAAGGAAGUGAAGAGGUGAAGAGCGUGAAAGAGCCUCUUUUGGGUACUAAAUUACCUAUUAGCAAAUUGAGUUUUCCAUGGAUGAAGUUGGGGAUGUUAGUCCUGAUUUGGUUCUCCUUCUUCUUCGUCUAUCUUCUCCGUGGCAAUCGGUAUGGAGAGGGUAUUAUAACAAUGGAGCCAUGUGGAUUGGGAUACUGGAUUGUCUCAUCACUCCAAAUUCCUCUUGCGAUAAUUUUCACAGCAGUGAUACUACACAGAAAAGAGAGCUGCCAACAUCAAACUAUGAACCAGCAGGGCAUGGAAGACUUAACAGGAGGUGGAACAUCAAACCAGCUGAUUUUCCCAAUCAUGGCAUUAUUAGCAGGGUUGCUGGGAGGAGUUUUUGGCAUUGGAGGUGGAAUGCUUACCAGCCCACUUCUGCUUCAUGUGGGAAUACCACCUGAGAUAACUGCAGCGACUUGUUCAUUCAUGGUUUUCUUUUCGUCUACAAUGUCAGCGUUUCAGUAUCUGUUGUUCGGCAUGGAACAUGUUGAUGCUGCCGUCAUCCUUUCUGUCAUUUGUUUUGUUGCAUCGCUUCUUGGGUUGCUGGUGGUACAGAGGGCCAUAGUGAAGUAUGGCAGGGCUUCCAUGAUUGUAUUCUCAGUUAGUACAGUAAUGGCUUUGAGUGCUGUUCUGAUGACCAGCUUUGGAGCUCUUCAGGUCUGGAGGGAUUAUAAUUCUGGGAGAAACAUGGGGUUCAAACUCCCCUGUUGA